AUGGACUUGGCUUACUCCAAGGGCAUAGACGGCUUCUCCCUGAACAUAGGUCGCGACGAUUGGCAGCCAGACCGGGUAGCCGACGCAUUCGCUGCAGCAACUGGGACGCCCUUCAAACUGAUCCUCUCGUUUGACAUGGCUUCUCUCCCCUGCAGCACCCUCGCCGACGGUGCUGAGCUGCGUCAAUACGUGGAGCAGUAUCACUCCCAUGAUAACUAUCUGAGGGUAGGCGAACGGCCGCUGGUAACGACCUUUGGGGGACAGUACUGUCAGUUCGGUCAGCCGACAGUGAAUGAAGGUUGGAGGCGGAUUAUGAAGACUCACUUGACGGAAGUACAUUUCGUCCCUUCCUUGUUCGUGGAGCCUUCGACCUAUUCUGGACUGUCAUCCACAGACGGAGCGUUCAGUUGGGAUUCAGGAUGGCCGAUGGGGAACUACGACAUCUCCAACGACAGCGAUGUCGCAUACCUGAGCGCUCUCAAUGGAAAGACCUACAUGGCUGCCGUCUCUCCUUGGUUCUUCACUCACUAUGGCGUUGAUUCCUACAACAAGAACUUCAUAUUCCGAGCAGACAACUGGCUACUCGUUGAACGCUGGGAAAUGCUUGUUCAGGAACGAGAUCACAUAGACAUGGUCCAAGUCAUCUCGUGGAACGAUUAUGGCGAAUCGCACUACAUGGGCCCGAUCGAGGGAGCGCAGCCCCAUUCUGAGGCAUGGACAACCGGAUUUGACCACCAGGGGUGGCUUGAUUUGCAGCAGUACUAUAUCCAAGGAUACAAGACAGGGCAGUACCCUGGUAUAUCCCGGAUCCGAAUUUUCCUCUGGGGUCGACUUCAUCCCGCUCUAGAAGAUAUCCCAAGUGACCCAGUAGGAAAACCUGAGAACUUCCGUUUCACCGAAGACUUCGUCUGGGCUGUCAUCUUCCUCCCCGACGAGGCUCGUCUCAAUCUUUCCUGCGGAGAGAACGUUAUCAUCCUAGAUCUGGACAGCGGAGUCUCCAAAGUGCGUUUGCCGGUUACAAACGACUGCACACCUACAGCAACCAUUGUUCGUGAAUCGGACGGCUACCAUAUGCUCGUCUUCACUCCCCAAGGCUACAAUUGGACUACACGGCCCACGGCGUACAAUUUCAACGCCUUCGUCGCUGCGUCUCCGUAA